UGGUAGACAGAUGAACAAAAUUAAUUUGAAUUAAGAAGCACAAAUGCAAAUUGAAAUUUCACCCUGACAGACGGCAACCUUGUGCAUAUAAACAGCUGAUAUUGAAGAAUUUUGUUUUCUGUAAUCGCCAAGUGAAAAUGGAUAGAAGAAAAAUUUUGUUAUUGACAGCUAUUCUGUUCGUAAAUAAUCAAGUUUUAUUUUGUGAAAAAAUUCAGUUACUAUUACUUAAAUUAAUAAAUAAUAGGGCGCAAAUAAAUUCUAUUUUGAGCAGUCACGCGAUCCUACGAGCCAGGAUUGCAAAUGCCCAGUCCGACGUACGGCGGAUCUGGAAAUUCGACCGCAGUAGCAGAUUUUGGGAGCACGAUGUCCGUGCAAUGGACGACGCAAGAUUCAGAGAAAACUUUCGUCUCGAUAGGAGGGCUUUUCAAAAAGUGUUCGAAAAAGUACGAAACAUGGAGAAAAUUGAUAGCAACCUGAGGCGUUGUAUUCCACUCGAAAAGAGGGUGGCUAUCGCACUUUUCUCAUUGGGUUCUGCAGCAAAGUAUAGAACCGUUUCUAGUUUAUUUGGUGUUGGCCGAAGUACUGUUGGUGAAAUUGUUCUGGAUUUUUGCCACUCAGUUUGCGAUAAUUUUGCGGAUUGCAUUAAUACAUACCCCCCAAAUCAACAAGAAAUCAAAAGAAUCGUAGACGGUUUCGCAGUCCUAGGGUUUCCGCAAUGCUUUGGAGCUGUAGAUGGAUGUCACAUUGAAGUGCAGCCAAGAAAGGAGGAUGCCGUAGAUUACCACAAUUACAAAGGAUGGUAUUCCGUGGUUUUAUUGGCAAGCUGUGAUCACAGGUCAAAAUUUAGUAUAUUAAUAUUGGAUCUACUGAGAAGAAAUAAUGACUCUUACAUAUUUGAAAAAAGUUCAUUAAAACAAUUUCAUGAAAGCGCAGACAUUUUCGUACAAAAAGCGAGCUUAUUGGCGGAUUCAAUAUACCUGUGCUACUUAUGGGCGAUUCGGCCUUUCGGUUAUCGCGCCACAUGA